GGUGCCGCCAAGAACCAGAGUCCAGGGGACAGCCGACGAUGGGCGCCAGUGGGGGUUGCAAGGUCGGGCGACCUGGAAAUACUAGUAGAAGCCGUGAAGUUUGUUCUUUUCUCUUCUCCUUCACAUCAUCACAAUCAUUCCUUAUGUCUUUGCUGCUUUGUCGCUGGCCCUACCGAGACCCAAGUUAUUUCCCUUUUAGAGACGGACGCCCGAGUCGAGUGGGUGGCAACCGCCAGCACAGCCGACUGCUGAGGGGGGAAGCACGGGGCAAACUCCAGCCAAAACGAGGCGAAGCAGGGCGCAAAUUACGCACGCCCACCACGGCGCCGCCACCCAGGCCACACACGGCGUCCUCGGCCGGCCAGUCGGCCCUCUUCUGGGACCCGCGGAAUAAGCAACACGCGCGUCUGGGCUUGUUUUGCGGCCGAAAGAAGCACCGUUUCCGCGCGUCUGUCAUCGGGCGGGCCAGGACGCGAGAGGGAUUUCUUUGGUGCGAUGCCCGUUCGGAGUUGAGCUGCUGGAGUUAUUUUUUUGGUCUCUGGUUUCUGGUUUCUGGUUUCAGAGCUCUCGCGAGUCACUCCAGCACUCAACUGGUCUGAACCAGCACACUCACUAAACUCAACUCGCUCAAAGCUCCGCCAAGGUUGGUGACCCCACCCAUUGCGUCAGGGGUGACGGGAGCUUGGGGCAGACAACCUUCGCCAGCAGCAGGAGACGGCACAGCUCGCCGAUAGAGAGGGACAAGCAGAAGCCACGCACCCACACACCCACCAUGUCCAUCCGCAUCGUGCUGGACAAUGGCCCGCCAGAACAGUACACCAACCUCGACGUGGUGUCGGGGCGCGUGGUGCUCUCCCUCACGCGCGCCGAGCAGGUCGGCGCCGUGGUGGUCAAGCUCGAGGGCGAGAGCCGCACGGCGCUGGGCGUGCCGGCCACGGACCCCAACCUGGCGCCGGGCGCGUACCCGCACAACCCGCGCGUGCGACCCGGCCGCCGCAACUACGGCCCGCCCGGCGCCCCGGGCAGCAUCGUGCACGAGAACCACAAGGUGCUCUACCGCGUGCAGCAGGUCUUCCCGGGCCCCGACGUGCCGCCCCACGCCGUGCCCGUCUGGCUCAACCCGGGCCAGCACGCCUUCCAGUUCCGCUUCAAGAUCCCCAUGGAAAACGGCUGCGGCGACCCGCACUCCAUGGCCCAGCUGGGCGGCAUCGGCGGCGCCGGCGGCUUCGGCGACAGCGCCGGCGGCCUCUUUGGCAUUGGCGGCAUCCGCGUCAUGGACGGCAGCCGCCAGCUUCUCUACACGCACGUCACCAAGCAGCUGCCCCCGACCUUCACGGGCCUGCCCCACCAGGCAGAGGUCGGCUACUACGUCAAGGUGACGGUCCAGCGGCCCGGCCUGCUCAAGGAGAACUGGCGCUACCAGCACAACUUCCGCCUGCUGCCGCUCGAGCCGCCCAGGGUCAUCCCGACGGGGCAGGAGGCCUACGCCCGCAGACCCUUCACCUUUCGCCCGCGCUCGCCGGGCUCGGCCGCUGCCGCCGAGGGCGGGGGCAAGAAGAAGAGCUUCUUUUCCUCGAGCAGCAAGUCGAACAACCACUUCUUCAGCCACAGCUCCUCCUCCUCCUCGGCGGCCAACGCCGGCGAGGGAGGCAGCAAUGAUGCCAACGGCAACAACAGCGGCGCUGGCACCCCGGGCGCCGACCAGCCGCUGCAGCGCGGCCUGCCCCCCGCCGUCGAGGUGUCGGCGCGCCUGCCCUACCCGAGCAUCCUGACUAUGGGCAAGCCGCUGCCGCUACGCAUGAUAGCGCGCAAGCUGGCGCCCAGCCUCGAGCCCGUCUUCCUGACGAGCUUGCACGCCGAACUGGUGGCGUCGACAACGGUGCGCUGCCAGGACCUCACCAACGUCGAGACGAGCCGCUGGGUCGUCGUGUCGCGCCCCAACCUGUCGGUCCCCGUCGUCAUGCCCGAUGGCCCCGUUAACGACGAGCUCGUCCUGCCCGCCGACUCGCUGUGGGACGGCGCCGACUGCCGCGUGCCCGGGGCGCUGGGCCAGGCGGGCAUGACGCCGACCUUCACGACGUGCAACCUGAGCCGCACCUUCCGGCUCGAGAUCAAGGUCGGCCUGAGCUGGGGCCUGCGCGCCACGCUGCCGAGGGGCGUCCAGCCGCAGACGAUACUGCUGCCGCUCGUUUUUAGUUCCAUCGACGUCUACUCGGGCCUUGCCUCGCCCGAGAGCAAGGCGGCCGAGCAGGCGGCCGCGACGUCGGGGGUCACACCCGGCGAGAGCAGCAGCAGCAGCGGCGUCGUGCACGCGCAUGCCGCAGCGGCUGGAGUCCCCCCAGUAUUGCCGCCCAGGGGACCUACUAUGCCAGGCCAGGCGGCCAGCACCGCCGGGCCCUCGCAGGGAGCACAGCCCGGGGGCGAAUUCGAGGAGCCUCCACCGAGUUAUGAGGAGGCUAUGAAUGCCAAGACAUGAGGAGGGACCCAAGAGCAACACAGCUCCAGCUCAUAUGUUACCAAUGUAGCUAUACUUUCAUUUUUCUUUUCCUAUCUAUAUUUUUGAUACCUCUCAUUGCCGUUUUCAAGCGCAAGCGCCAUGCCUCUUCUUCCACUGAUGCUGGUUCUGGAGUAGCGGGGUUAGGGUUCUUGAUUUGUGGGACAGGGGCGUGCGUUGAGAAAAGAUUGCGGGGAACAAGGAUAGAUAGCGUGGGGUGUAAAUGGCCAGCAGAAAAAAAAAGUUCCCGACAGGA